UGGACGUGUGUGGGAAAGGCGAGGGGCGGUAUGAGGAAUACGCCGCUGCUAGCUGUAGCAUCCAACACAAAAACAAACUAAAUUCAUUUUCUUCGCCGUUGACUCCACCGAGGUUUGCAGAGGAUUUUAUUCCGGCUCUGAGCUUCCUUUUGGACGCCGCAAGCCCACCGAGAGGAGCGAAAGAAAGAGUUGAGCCCCGCUGACAACCGUGAAGAGCCCCCGCGGCCUGCUUUUCCCGCCCACUUUCCGGCGUAGCUCUGGUGGCUAGCGCAGUCACAAGAGCCCGAGGCUUUCGCUACCCACAGCUUUCCGGUCUCAACCGAACCGGAGGAGCCGCGAAAUUCUCCCUUGACGAAGCGUAAAUCUAUCCGAAGCCAACUGCGUGGUCGGCGGCGACCAAGCGGUGCUCCUUCUGGCCCGAGGAGACUUGGUUGGCGACACCGCGGCCUUCUGGUUUGUUGUGGGCCGCCAUGAAUCUCUGCGAACAAUAACAAGACGCGGAAUCCAACCGGUCCGGUACCGAGCCCGCCUUACGUGACACAAGCACGGCGGCCGCCUUUAAAUCCGAGACCAGCGCGCACAGCGACUAUGGAUGUAUCGCGGGGCAGCCGCAGCAAAGCCUGUCAUUUUUUUCACCGAAGCCCCCGUGUGAGAUCCCCGGCAACGCGGCUCUGAAGCGUCGUCCACGCUCCGGUUUGCACACUAUGCUCCACCGAAUCGAACCAGGGCCUGCUGGUGAACGACUUGGCAUUGAAGAUGUAUUCGGGAUGGGACUGAGGAAGCGCGAUUAAGAUCCGGACUCUCUAUGUUGUCUUCAAAGCCCCCAGAGUGCAUUCGCCGCGUGUCGUGUUUGUGUUUCCCGGACACUGUGUUGCUGUUUUGAACGCAUCGGAACCGAGCGGACCGGCUCGCCGGGUCAGGCCGCUGCGAUGAACCCGGUGAACGCGACGUCGCUCUACGUGUCUGCGAGCCGAUCGGUGCUGCAGUGCGACCCCCGAGACCCCCGCGCCCUGGCCGAGCUGUGCAAGCUGCUGCCUUUCUUCCGACAGUCCGUGUCCUGCUUAGUCUGCGGUAACCUGCUGCAGGACCCCAUGGCGCCCACCAACUCGUCGUGUCAGCACUACGUGUGCCGCGGGUGCAAAGGUCAGCGGAUGCAGCUGAAGCCGUCGUGCAGCUGGUGCAAGGACUACUCGCGCUUCCAGGAGAACCGGCAGCUGUCCCUGCUGGUGCGCUGCUACCGCAAGUUGUGCCUGUAUAUCACACACUCGCCGCUCGCCACUCACAUCGCUGCCGCCGCCGCCGACUCGCCCGACCUGCGGGCCGUCCUCAACGAGGGCCUGCGGCUGGCAGAGAGCGAGCCCGAACCCGAGCCUGACGCCAGCGCCGAAGCGGAGGCACCGCCCGGGGAAGCACCGCAUCCCGACGAGGGCGGCGACGGCGGCAGCGAUGUCAUCGGCCCGGCCGGCGUCAACGGGCUUCACGAUUGUAACGGACUGGACGCCUCGCUGGAUCCGGGCAGGGCGGUCGUCAAGCGGGAGGACUUUUGCGAGGAGAUCCCGGCGGGGGGGCUGGCGAGCCUUUGCGACAUGGGCGCCUUCGGUGAGGAGUUGAAACACGGAGGGGGGCCGCUGCUGCUGAGUGUGGAGGAGGUUCUGCGGACUCUGGACACGGACACUGAGCCUGACGACCCCCACACGCCUAUGUCGGUCAACGGGCCUUUCUGCCCCGCCCUACCUUUGGAGAGCAGCUGUCACCCCUACCACCCUCACCCGCAGCUCCCCCCUCAGUCACCCACUGCCGUCCCUCAAGGACCCCCUCGCUGCCACCGCAAGCGUUCUCGCUCAGAAAGCGACAGCGAGAAGGUGCGGCCCCUCCCCAUCGACAGCCUCCUGCGGGGACCCCCUCCUGACGGCGGCCCCCGCCUGGGCACCACCCCCGUCUACGAGUUUCCUGCCGCCACGCCCCACUUCCAUCUGGCGCCCGUGGCCAACGGCGGCCCCCCCCAAAGUGGGCAAGGGCCGCUAGGGUCCGGCAAGCCGCCCAAGAAGGCGGGGGAUCACCAUGGGGGUGCCAAGAAAGCCAAGGCAAGGGCCCCCAAAGCCCGCUCACAGCCCCGCGGGCCACCCCACCCUCAUGCUCACCCACUCAGUCACCCAGCGAGCCCCUCCAAGCCGCUGUACAAGAAGCCUGUUGAGAAGAAAGGCUGCAAGUGCGGGCGCGCCACGCAGAACCCCUCGGUGCUCACCUGCAGGGGGCAGCGCUGUCCUUGCUACUCCAACCGCAAGGCGUGCCAGGACUGCAUCUGCCGCGGCUGCCAGAACUCAUACAUGGCGAACGGCGAGAAGAAGCUGGAGGCGUUCGCCGUGCCCGAAAAGGCCCUGGAGCAGACGCGGCUGACGCUGGGAAUCAACCUCACCAGCAUCGCCGCUGCCGCCUUGCGGGGCCCGGCCGGCGGCCCUCCUGGCGCCGCCCUGCUCAACGUGGCCGCUGCCACGGGCUCGCCGGUCGCCACUGCCUUCCUGUCGGCGGCGGGCCAUGAUGGCCGGGCCUUUGAUGACUCGCUGGAGAUGCACUUUGACUGUUGACUCUCUGCCCUUUCCCCCUGAAAACCUGCCGCCCGGUCUCCCACGCAUUCCCGUCGGGUCAUCCGUGGCCCUGCGGUUAAGUUACUUUCUCGUCACGCCCGUUGCCAUUUGCUUCGUUGUUGUCGUCGUCAUCAUCACUGAGCGAUGUAAUUUAUAUCGAUGAAGUUUUUGUACAUUAUUUCACGUGGAAGACAUUUUAGGAUCUAUUUUAUACAUUGAGUCUUUCGAACGGCAGCACAUGGGAGUUGUGGUCAGCGCUUCACGCUCACAGGAUGUUCUGGGUUUGAAUUUGGGUUUUCUCUGUGGACGUUGCGUGUUCUCCUCCCACAUGCCCAAGACAUGCAUGUUCGGUUAAUUGAAGACUGUAAAUUGUCCAUAGGUGUGAAUGGAAGCGGGAAUGCUUGUUUGUGUGUGCCCCGACACCGGCUGCCCAACGAGGACAAGAGAAAAGGGAUUGAUUGGUCUGUGACACAGGCGCACCACAGCGGGCAUAUAUUUUUGGCCAGGGAGGCCGGAAGGAAAAAGAAAAAAACGUGACAGGAAGUCGAAAAAAAAAAAAAGCCCUCCACCAACUUACAUGUGAGUUUACCUUUCAUUUGUUUUCCCCUCACAACUUGCUGCUAAAAGGACGAAGAAAAAGUUGAUCUGUUUUUAAAAUGUGCGUUACGAGUAUUUAUUGGAGAUUUUCUGAGGGUGUCUGUCUUGGUGUUUUGUGUCUGGUGUCCCCCUACGCUUUUGGUUCACCCCCUACCGUCUCCUCCACCCACCUGGGGCAUUUGAAUACCUGUAAUAUAACUGCAUCAUAUUUCCACAAAAGAAAGAAAAUCAAAACAGUU